UCAGUGCUGCUGCCUGCGACGCGCCGAGUGCGGAGCGACGGGACGCGCUGCAUACCAACAGAGACGUACGGGAGCAGGCUAAUUAAGGCACAAGUGGCGACUGGCGACGGGUCAGGACGCACAGCCCUCACCCUGUUCUCUGCCGCGAAGCAGAUUUCUGUCAAGUCAUUUGACAAUUGAACAAGAUUUUUCAUUUUUGUGCAUUUUAGAAAAAUAACAUUUUUUCUUGAAAGCACUGAAAACCAAACUAAGUGUCUGGGAUAUAUUUUUACGCGUUCACUGGCUUUUUCCGGGUUGCGAGAUUCUAUAGCAGAAGAUUAAAAUUUCCUCUUCGCCUCUCUCUCCGACGGGGGGUCGUUAAAAGGAAAAGUCAAGUGGAUAAGACUGAUGCUUUGGUCCCGUCGCACGUAGAAGCGUCGGACUACUGCUGCGGACUUUCAUCCACUGGGUCGUUUUGGACACAGAAUCCCCGCAACGGUACCGCGCGGGAGGAAUACCACGGCGUUUGGCUGCGAAACAAGCAGAAAAUCAAUCAGAACUCCAUCAUGGGCUGCCCCCUCUUGCGGAACGCGUUUGCUGCUUUGAUCCUGGUUCUGCUGUCGAAAGGGUCCAGUGUGCACGGAGCAGAAUUCGGACACCUGCCGGACAACAUUACAGUGUUGGAAGGAGAGAGCGUCACUUUGAGGUGUCGGAUCGACGAGGAGGUGACCCACAAAGCCUGGCUGAACCGCUCCAACAUCCUGUUCACCGGGACGGACAAGUGGUCGCUGGACAAGCGCGUGACGCUGGUCAACAGCAACAGGAGCGACUUCGCCAUCCACAUCGACAAGGUGCAGGUGUCGGACGAGGGGCCGUACACGUGCACCUUCCAGGCCAACAACAAGCCUCGCAUCGCACACGUCUACCUCAUCGUCCAAGUGCCGGCGAGAAUCGUCAACAUCUCCAAAAACGUGUCGGUGAACGAGGGGGACAACGUGAACCUGUACUGCCUGGCGGUGGGUCGGCCCGAGCCCAGCGUCACCUGGAAGGACCAGAAAUACGGUCUGGUGAGCGAGGGCGAGUAUCUGGACAUCACGGAGAUCAAGCGGCAGCAGGCGGAGGACUAUGAAUGCAUCACCAACAACGGAGUGGCGCCGCCCGAUCGGCACAAGGUCAAGGUCACAGUCAACUACCCUCCCAUGAUCACGGACAUGAAGAACCUGCCGGCCCACUUGGGGAAAACGGCCAUCUUGCGCUGCGAAGCCAUGGCGGUGCCGCCGGCGUCCUUUGAGUGGUUCAGGGACGACCACAGGCCGGUGGAGAGCGACAACACCCUGCGGAUCAAGAACGAGAAGACGCGCUCGCUGCUGCUCUUCACCAACGUGACGGAGAAGCACUUCGGCAACUACACCUGCUUCGCCUACAACCGCCUGGGAGCCUCCAACGCCAGCAUGCUCCUGUUCCGACCGGGGGCCAUACAGGGACGAGGGGCCGGUCUACACCCAGGGAUGAGCGCCGGCGUCUGCGUGUGGGUCUCCCUGUGCGCCGCCCUCCUGGUGAAGGUGUGAGGGGUCGGGCACCACCCCGGUCGACGUCCCCACGUGCCCCCCGAAAGCCCCGCCUCUCCUCCCCCCCGCUCCCUCGCUCCCAUCCUUCAGAAGGAAGAAGGAAAUGAAAUUCUUUAAUUGCGAACCCAUCACUGUGAACAAAAAGAAUAUGCAUUAUUCCAGGAGCCAUCGAAUCAUUGCAUCAAACACGCGGCCGCAGCAUCCCCCUGAAACGCCCCCCGGCUCCCUUCAUUCGACUUCGACGUCAACUUGUUGUCAUUACUUUUUUAUUCCCCCUCUUUCAAGCGCGCCGUCUGAGUGUCUCUUUAUGUCCCAGAAUGCCUUGCAGAUUUGUCUGGCUUGGUACCGCCCUCGUCGCCUCGUCUCCCCUUCGCUCCUAUCACUGGGCUGAUGUUGACAGAGAGUGUAUAUUAAUGAGUAUUGUGUCAGUGAUCAACGAGAAAAUAGAUAAUCUAACAACUGGACGAUCAUUAAUGUAAUAUAUGGACUAAUGACUGACCUACAAUGUUUGCCUUAUGGAAAUUAUACAUGAAAUCACAGUAUUAUGGUGGAUAUUUAUGGAAACGAUAGUUAUAAUGUCCUGGUGGUCAUGUGUCCAGUUGAUGACCAUGUGUCGUGUCGCCCCAAUCUCAAGCGCACCCAUGGCUUUUUGAUUUUACCUGUGAAGCAGUGACUCUGCUGUGAAUGAUGUCAAAAUGUAUUUUACACAAAGGACGGGUGGUGGCGGCGUCAGGCCUGAGUCCUCCUCCAUGUAAUUGGGGAGGUUCGUACCAAGGCUUCGCAUGUCGACCCCCUCACUACCCCGACCUUUCCACCCCCCCUCACCCCCCUCACCCCCGCCGUGCUCUGUCUAGUCACCCUUCGGAUCUCCGCUCCGUGUCACCGCCCUCCCCCUCUCUAGUGUAAAUAUAUGCAGUACCGAGGCCGAGCUCGCGGCCUCCAGUUGCCUGGCGCCGAACGGCAUCCGCCAUCAGCCUCCACCAUGUUCCAGUUCUCUGAAGCAGCGAGAGACUGUCCGGCGACAACAGGAUCUUCUGUUUCAAACCUGCAACGCCAUCCUCCUUGUCGCUUGUUGAUAGCAUGUACUGGUUAGAGAUGUUCCUAUUGUGAGUCCAUCCUCCCCACACUCCCGCACUCCCUGCACUGUGUCUGUUUUACUCUGCAAGGUUACCUGCUUUUACUUUUUUGGUGUUAAUAAUACUAAAGAUGACGAUGAUGUUAAUAAGUAUUUGAAUAACUAUGAAUAGUCAUUCAGUGUGAGGAAAAAAAAACAAACAAAAGCUGAUGGUAAUGAGCCGCGCGUGGGGGGGACGGUGAUUUUUGUACUUUACUCUGAGGAAUCACACACAUCGAACGAGUUCUAUAAAAAAAACAUGUAAAGUUUUCAAAGUGAUGUGCUCUAUUUUGCCAUGACAAGCUUUUUAAAAACAGUUUGAAGGGUUAUUUCAUCCAAUCCAGAAGCACUGAACGAUGGUGUAAUUUAUCAUUUUUUACAGUUUUACGUACGAGACUUUUUCAUGCAUCUCACACACACACACACGUGCAUCAUAUUGGUCCACCAGCUAGAUGAAUGAUUUGGAUCCACGUGGGUCUGUUAGUCGGCUCUGGUUCGGCCGGACCGCGGGGAGAUAAAGAUGUAAUUAGCUAAUACCUGUGGCUGGCUAAGUGGAGGAGCCCCGGCUCGACCUGUCCCUCCUGCCAGCCGCUGAUGGCGCCCAUAAAUCAAGCUCAAAAGCCGUCAGUGACAGGGAUCCUCCACAAGGACAACCUCGCCGUGCUGUACCGGUCCCCCCUCCAGCGCGGGCGCCCCCCCCAGAGCACAAACAGUGGGAGGUGAGCCCGUUUGUGCAGCGACUUGGUUGAAAUUUGCCAUAACCCGCCCACGCGGAGAGACGAGUCGGCCCCCGGCUCCUGCGACCUUAACGGAGGGAUGCUCAGUGUUGAAUUGAUUGUCUGAGUGUGUUAUGUUUCAUUUUCUUUCAAACCAGCAAUAACCCCCUAACUCUACUGUGCAAGAGGUGUCAGAUACGGUGAAGCCGUGGUGUAAUAUCUGAAACAUUACAUUAUGUAUCAAAUAUGUCUGUUGUUGUACCUUUACUCUGUACAGUACUCUGAGAUGAUUGUGAAGCUCUGUUUAAACGGCCCCUAAUCUGAAACGCUCCAUGUUGUACUCCAGAAGUCUUUGCGAUGUAGUCGGGUUGUCGGUGUGACUGAACGCAGCGUCUGUGAAUCCAUCCGGCAUCGAGAACAAUGACAUUUCAAGCACAAAAGCAGGUUGUCCGGUCUCUGCUUCCUUUUACUGCCCCAGUUUUUUCUGUCUUUCAUGGUGUUUUAUUUUGCGUGUUAAUUACUCGCAUCCUCUUCCAUGUCGGCGUCCCACUGGGUUUGUCAGUGGCAUGUAACAUCUGUAUGUACAUAAUCUGUCCUUGGUGAAGAACAAAACACUGAAGAAAAGAUAAAAAAAGACACAAAAUCACAGAUAAAAAUAACACGCUGUCAUGUUUCUCAAUGUGGGUUUGAAAAAAAAAACGCACGUCCAUGUUUGUCUAUGGGUGGAUUUUGAAAAAAAAAAAAAACAAGUAAACAUUGUGUGCUGUGUUCAGGUUUGUGGGCGAUGGGUCCGGAUGGAGGGAAAUCCAACAAUAUGACUUGAAUAUGUUACAUGUUGAUGACAGAAUGUGGGCACUUUUGUACAAUUCAGCAGGAAAGUACCUGUUUUGUGACGUCGUGUCUGUGUGAAAACGCAGGAGAGGGAGCGCGAGCGAGAAGCCGCCAGAUCCUAAACGUGGGCGUUGUCGGUCCUGAGGGCGUGAGGCAGAAGGGACGACAGCGAGCACGCAGUCACAGCGCUGGGGUCUCUCAUAUGAAGCGUUAACACAAACAGCCUGAUAAAUAACAGGGUUUACAGCGAUCCAACAACACAACAGACACAGACCACGAGCUGCUGCAGCGCCGAGUGUGAAGAAUUAAUGUUAUGACGUGAAGCGGAAGGUUUGGACGCGCUGCCUUCUUGGACUCAGGCUGCAGCCUUUCCUCCAACGCCCCGCGCACGUCCAGCAGAUCCCAGACACGUUUUCAAUUCACAAAGCAAUGGUUAAUCGAUGCGUUCGACCGAACGGCUUUGGAAUAGAGCGAUUUCUCCCCGACUGGUCCCCAGAAGCUGCAUUGAUCAAGUGUCUAUAGAGCAGACUUAGAACAGAGAGCAUAAUUCAUCAUGCCUGAUACAAGACACCCCUAAUUGUGCAUCGAUUUUAAGCCCUUCUCUGAAACAAUUUGGGCGAGCUGUAAUGUCAGCUCAGUAAACUAUGUGUUCAGCGCGGCGCUUCAGAGCCAGCGAAUGAAGAAUUAAUCAUUUGUUUUUCUUUUCAAGUCUGUCCAGGCUGGUAUUUGAUACAUAAUGUAGUGUUAACCUUACACGCUCCCUGGGCUUUUACAUUUUACACCGCACAGCCG